GUGGCCAUCUCUCUCCCCGCGUCUUUAGCUCUCUCUCUCUCUCUCUCUCUCUCUCUCUAGAGUCCUGAAUCUCCGACGACCUCCGAUUGCCGCAGCACCGUAGUCAUCUACGCCUUCCUUUCACGCAUCAAAGCCAUUCUUCACUGCACACCUCGAACCUCGAAACUCCGCCGGGGUUUGUUUCUCAAACCUCUCUGCCGAUUGCCGCCGGCGGCGGCCACUUCUCACGGCGUCUUUGCCUCUUACAUUUUGAUUGUUAGUCCUCCCAACAAUCUGUCCAAGUCGGACUCGAUGCCAUGUUCAAGAUUGUUGAUGUUCAGAAAUUUUAGGAGAGUUUCAGAGUCGGUUGUUACAAGCCUGAAACCAAGCUAUCCAGAACCCGGAAAGUAUGGAACUAUUACUAGAGUUGGCCUUGGUCUUCCCCAAUACAGAUUAUACACGGACUAUAUCUUGCCUACUAGAGGGAAUAACGCAUUAUUAUUGUUUAAUAAAACGAAGAGGAAUUAUUCCAAGAGUGGUUCUGUCAUGACACAUCAUACCCAACUUGCUUUGAAAAGGCUCUUCAAAAGAUUCACUUUAAGUGGUUCUAGAUUCCGUCCUGUGAGUAAGUUUGCUCAAGCAGUCUCCUUGUUCAUAACUCGGCCUAACUUUUUACUGCCCGGUACUUUUGCCAUCACAAGUGGGAAGCUAGCAUGGGCACAGAGGUCUCUGGCAGAAAUGGACCAGUCGCAGAAUACUAUAUACAUGCGUGCUCAAGAUGGACAUGCUUUUAUGACAUCAUUACUAUUGUCGGCUUUAGAAGGUGUGAUAUUGUUACUGAGAGCACUCUAUCUGGGGAUUUUGUUCUCACCCAGCAUACUGAUGAUGCCUUUCGUCGCUUACUGUGGACCUGAGUUUAGGAGAUUGUGGCUUCAUGUUGUUCAUCGUACUUUGGAAAAAGCAGGUCCAGCUUUCAUCAAAUGGGGUCAGUGGGCUGCUACACGGCCUGAUCUUUUCCCCAGAGACUUAUGCAUCAAGCUUUCAGAGCUUCACAUGAAAGCUCCUGAACAUAGCUUUGCCUACACAAAGAAAACUAUCGAAGGAGCAUUUGGACGCAAGCUCUCUGAGAUUUUUGAGAACUUUGAAGAGGAGCCGGUAGCAUCUGGAAGUAUUGCUCAAGUGCAUCGAGCUACUUUGAGAUUUCGAUACCCAAACCAAGAGGUGAAGCCCAUGGUAGUUGCCGUAAAGGUCAGACAUCCUGGUGUUAGUGAAUCAAUUAGGAGAGAUUUUGUGAUUAUCAAUUCAGUUGCAAAAUUGUCAAUGUUCAUUCCUACUUUAAAGUGGUGGAGAUUAGAUGAAAGCGUACAGCAGUUCUCAGUUUUCAUGAUGUCUCAAGUUGAUCUUGCAAGGGAAGCUGCCCAUUUGAGCCGUUUUAUCUAUAAUUUCCGUCAUCAUAAGGAUGUCUCUUUUCCAAAGCCUUUGUAUCCACUUGUGCAUCCUGCUGUUUUGGUGGAAACUUAUGAGCAAGGGGAAUGUGUCUCAAACUAUCUUCAUGAGCUUCCCGGGCAAGAUCAGAUUAAAGCUGCAGUUGCUCACAGUGGAACAAAGGCAUAUUUAAAGAUGCUUCUGGUGGACAACUAUAUACAUGCGGACAUGCAUCCUGGAAAUAUCCUUGUCCGGGUGCCUCAGAGCAACUCUUUUUGGAAGAAACUCUUCAAGUUAAAGCCUCAUGUCAUUUUUCUUGAUGUGGGCAUGACUGCUGAACUCUCUAGAACUGACCAAGUAAAUUUAGUUGGACUUUUCAAGGCUAUCGCUCGUCGUGAUGGAGGCACUGCCGCUGAGUGCACACUCAGACUAUCUAAUCAACAGAAAUGCCCAAAUCCGGAAGCUUUCAUUGAGGAAAUGAAGGAGGCCUUCACUUAUUGGGGUAGUCCAGAAGGUGAUCUGAUCCAUCCUGCUGAGUGCAUGCAUCAGGUACUGGAGAAAGUUAGGCGUCAUAGAGUCAAUGUUGAUGGAAAUGUCUGCACUGUCAUGGUAACAACUUUGGUUCUUGAGGGAUGGCAGAGGAAACUUGAUCCUGCAUACAAUGUGAUGAAAACAUUGCAAAUGUACGCUGGUUAUCAAAACUCAAAACUCGAAUGGGCAGAGUCCCUCUCCUACACUAUUCAGGCGCUAAUGGCUCCAUAAGGUCAUGUCAGUGACACUACUACUAUGACCAAACAAUUUUGAUAGUUAUAAAACUGAAUACAUACGACUCCUAAGAGAUGAACACGAUUGUCUUAGGUUUCUAUUUUUUGUAAUUCUUUUAAUUGCAUAUAUGUUAAUUUUUUGAAGUUGUAAUUUAUACAUUGGCAUUACUAUUUGUAGUGCCUCACAAUUCAUAAGCAAAGACUCACUGGUUUUAAUCAAGCA